GAGUGUUCAAUUCAGUUUUUAUAUUUACGUAGUACGGAUUAGAUACUUUAUACGAACUGAUACAUACACACAGUUAAUACAUUUUAUUUGAUGAAGUGUUUAUGAAAUAAUAUUAUUGAAGUGUGCGUAAAACUGAUAUAACUUUAUGUGAAGUUGCAUUUGUAGCAAUACUAAAGAAGAUUAACAAAUUUUGUGCAAAUGAUUGUUUAUUACAAUAUCUAUUUCAUGAUUAAUAAACUGAUUGUUAACAGAAAAUGACAGUAUUAGAAACAGAAGAAGACGCGGAUAAACGUUCGGUUCCUCCUAGAAAGAAAUUGUGCUUAUCCCUUUCUGGUCGUGAACGUACAGUUUCUAUUAACAUCUCUCAGGCUCCUCAUUCAUCAGCUAGAGAGAGCCUUUUGAAUAGAGAAACUUUUACAUAUAGUACAAGCAAAAUGUUGAAUGGUUAUCGUAAUCAAAUAAACAAUCACCAAGAUGGAGGAUACAAUGUGUCAAAUGGAGACACAGAAGGAUUACGAAUAGCUACUUUAUGUAACUUGGGAAAUACAUGUUUUUUGAACAGUGUGAUAUAUACUUUACGAUUUGCACCAUCGUUUCUACAUAAUUUGCAUCACUUAGCAACUGAUUUGUCUAAUUUAAAUGAGAAACAAUUUCAAACUAAAAUAAAAUCGUCAUCUUUGGGAAGGACUGGUAUGUCGCUUAUGUCAAGUGGCAGUCGUAGUUGGAGUAGUAAAGAUUUGUUAGCUUUGGCCGGACCUACUGGAGACAACAAUAAACAUAGAAUACAAAUAGCCACUGAAAAAUUACAUGAAUUGUUUAUAGCAUUACGUGCAUCUGAAACAAGAGAGAAUUGUGAACCAUAUCAGCCAGAUGCAUUUUUACAAGCAUUAAGAGAGGUAAAUCCUAUCUACGAGGGAAACCAACAACAAGAUGCUCAUGAACUUUUAGUGUGUUUAUUGGAUAACAUUAGAGAGACGUUUCAAUUGUUGGUCAGGCACAGAGAAAGCCAGUUUGGUCAAAAUAAUGGAUUGUCAGAUUUCUCUUCAGAACAUUCAGCAGACAUGCAAUCAGAAUGUACUAACUCCAAUAAAAGAAGCAUUUGUAAAUCUAGGAAAAAAAAGAAAAUAACAACGAGAGGAAGUUCAUCUUGCCUUAUACAGUCCAACCUGAAUGGUAUAUCAGUGUCUUCAAGACCGUAUGAAAAUGGUCACUCCGAGUUUCUGGAGAGUAAUGGAGAUAUAAACAGUCAUAGGCCAGAAAGCAAAAAAUGUUUCAUUUCUGAAGACUUUGAAGGAGUCAGUCUUUUACGAACUACAUGCCUCGAAUGUGAACACGUUACAGAACGGAAGGAAACAUUUUUCGAUAUCUGUGUGCCUAUUGACAUUGACCGGUCAAAUGAAACUGAUGAAGAUAUAAGGUCAAUGGAUAGCAGUGAAGUGUACAAACGUGCAGUAGUUACUAGUGAACUUCUCUGGGGUAGAGAUAAAUAUUGGUGCGCUCGAUGUCUUCGAUACAAUGAAGCUAGACGAGCUGUGUGCUUUCCGUCAUUACCAAGAUUACUCAUAUUGCAGUUGAAACGAUUUUCUACUGCAGCAGGGUCAAUGGAAAAAAUUAAUAAUCACAUGCCAACGCCUUUGACGUUACAAUGUUUCUGUGAAGAAUGCAAUAACGAUCAAACACGUGGGACGAGCGGUAGAUCAGAAUCUCGACAUGUGUAUAAACUUUAUUCUGUAAUUAUGCAUCAAGGUGCAACCGCAACAGCUGGCCACUAUGUUGCGUACACACGACUACCGGAUGAAUCUGCCUUUGCGGAGUACUUCCAAUGCGACAGGGAUAGUAAGAGACAGGCUUCCAGUCAUAGCAGCAGCAGCACAAACGCAAAUACAUCUUCGUCGGACAAAGCAUCUGGCAUAUUGAAAUACUUCAGAAGUAAACCGAGUGCCAGCGAGUCUAAAGAGCAAUUAUUUAGGGUCGGUUGUCGCAGCAUGGAUUGUUGUGGUAUCAGACGUCAUAAGUAUCCUAGUACUUGGUUGGAAUGUGAUGACGAGGCAGUGCAUGUGAUACCCUUAAGAGAGUUGGAAGGUAAAUUAGCGCCGAAUCCGAGAAAUUCCGCCACACCUUACCUCUUAUUCUAUGUGAGGUCCAUGACAUAAGAUUACAUUGACAUAUAAAAUGUUAAAAAUAAAAGUAUCAUUAGGCCUCUGUUUCCCUACUAUUGACUGCUCUGUGAUGUCACACACACAUUCCAAAUUACCAUGUACGUAAUUUAUUGGGCUUAGAGAGUGUAUAAUUUCUUAGGAAAUAAAUGAUGUAUUACAAUCACAUUUAAAGAUUUGAAUUUGGUAGUUAAGUGAUAAGCAAUAAAUUCUUGAAAUCUAAAUGGUGAUGCUAUUCAAAUUUUAGCUAUCGAAUAUCAUCAAAGUGUCAAUUUGUAUUUAGAUGAUUAAUGUUAGCUGGGAUGUGGAGUAUUUUAUUUUUAAGUUAUUUCUGUAAAAAUAAAAAUAUGUAUUCUUCAUUUAAUUACCUUGUUAUUCAUAGUUUAUAGGCGUUUCUGAAUUUUAAUGAAAGAGUGAGAACGAUUAUGUGUAAUAAUUUUGUAAGUUUAUGUUGUAGCUAUCAUCACUUUACAUUUUCAUUGUUUGUACUAUUCAGGAUAUUUGUUACUUUAUUCUACUUUUAAUUUAUAAAGACUUAGAGACGGAAAACAAAGAAAUUAUAACAUUAAAUUAGUAAUACGUUCUUUUUAUAUUUUACUCAACGAUAUUAAAUUAAAGAUAUUUUUAUUUACUUCUGUUUUUGUAUUUUUAUUUCCUGUAUGAUGUCUUUUACAAACAAUUAUAUCUAAGCGGAAAAGUUCUAAAUAAAUUUCAAAAAGAGAUUAAAUAUUCAAUUCAAAUGUCAAUCAUAAAUUAUUUACACAUUAUUAAGUAUGUAAAUUGUUUGCGAGAGUCAAUCACUAUUAAUACACUCGGGACGAAAUAAUCCACCAGAGAGCCUUCUCAGAAAAAAACAAAACUAUGUGUAAAUAGCAUAAGAAACCAAUGUCUCUACCUGAACUAAUUAGUGAAAAACUCUCGAUAUGACCUACAUAUGGCCAUUGUAUCAUAAUAAAAAGCUUUAUAGAUGGUAUGGCUCAUAUAGCUAUCAUAUAUUUUACUAAUUAAAAAUUCUUGCAGAUUAUAUGAUCCAUUCGUGGUCAUUUUAUUAUAAUUAAUUAAAAAAUCGUGUAAAA